AGUGGCAAUGUCAAUGUCCAUGAGUAACGUUGAUCAAAAAAUCAGGCCAAUCUUCAGGAUGACAAUCGAAGAAAAAAAUGGAUAUAAGUUUUCGUAUUAUUUUUUUCGAAACUGGUAUCCCACAGUCAUUCACUUGUCUUCUGAGCAGAUAGACAGUCAAACAUUAAGAACUUAAUACAAAACAAGACGACAGUAAUAAUAAAUUAUUAUUACAAUUAAUUACUAAGAAAAAACAUCGAAUUUAAUAAUAUUAGUGAAUAAAAAUAUCACUGCAGUGUAAAAAUGAUUUAGUCAAAAAGUUAUUUAAUUGAUUUUCCUUGUUAGUGUUGAUUUUUGUGCAAAUCAAUGUAUUGAUGUGACGCAUUUAAUAGUCUGAGUUACGUUUUAACAAAAUAAUGUAUUUAUAUUUAUCGGUAAUAUUGUUCGUAACGUCUUCUGUCCUGACGAAGAUCACCAAUCCAUACGACAGCUCGUGCAGCUACAACGAGUUUGAAUGCGGAGAUGGGGGCUGCGUGAGCAUCGACAGAGUCUGCAACGGCAUAGAGGAUUGUUCUGGUGCCGAAGAUGAGACUGUCUGCUACGAAAUACCCGCAAAAUUUGGAUUGCAUAGCUCUAGACGGCGUAGACAGACUUCUAAUUGCAAGAAGUCGGAGUGGCGUUGCCGCGACGGUACGUGCAUCUCGUUCGACGGCAAGUGCGACGGCGUCGUCGACUGUCCGGAUUCGAGCGACGAAACCCAUGCGCUUUGCGGGAAGACCACAUGCCAGAGCAAUUGGUUCCGCUGUACGUAUGGCGCGUGCGUGGAUGGUACGGCGCCCUGCAACGGAAUCCAGGAGUGCGCCGAUAACUCUGAUGAGCUGCUACCUCAGUGUCGGGGGAAUGAGGUCGCGGACGCGACGAACUUGAGAGACAAGUUCAAGUGUGCUGACGGUAACGUUAUACCGGCCACCGCGUUCUGUGACGGCGUAGCCGACUGCCCGGACGGGUCUGACGAGACGGUCCAGGCGUGCGCGGGCAGGACGUGCCCGGCGUACUUGUUCCAGUGCGCGUAUGGAGCUUGCGUAGACGCCGGAUCAGACUGUAACGGGAUAAAAGAAUGCGCUGACGGCUCGGAUGAGUCGGACGAGCUCUGUGAUAGAGUCCUGUCCGGGAAGCCGACGCAAAAGCCUUCAGCAUCAGGCGGAUGCGUCCUGCCCCAGUACCCAGCUCACGGCUCGUACGUGGUCCUGAACACGCCGAACGCUACUCCCGGCCAGACCUUCGACUCGAUCCAAGUGAACGUGACCUGCAAGCCGGGGUACGGCGUGAUGGGCAGGAACGACGUCUUCUGCUUGAACGGGUGGUGGUCGGACAAGCUGCCUCAGUGCGUCCGUUUCUGCACGCUCAACAGUCAUGCUAGCGUCGAGUACAAAUGUCUGCUCACCAAUGGUAACGAGGGUACCAGACCCUGCGGCUCCCUGGAGCCGACCGGCACAAUAGUCCAGCCGCAGUGCAGGUCCCCCAACUAUUACUCGACCGUGCCGCUCGGCUACAUGCGGUGCAUCGAGGGGAACUGGGACUACGUGGCCACAUGCACUCCAGAAUGCGGCAGAGUCACGCCUGACGGUGAAGAGUUGGUGUUCGGCGGGAGAUCAGCGAAAAGAGGAGAACUACCCUGGCAUGCUGGCAUAUAUAGGAAGACUAGCACACCGUACAUGCAGAUCUGCGGUGGAUCUCUCGUUAGCACCACCGUCGUCAUAUCAGCCGCUCACUGCUUCUGGAGCAACCUCAACCAGCAGCUACCCACAACUGACUAUGCCGUUGCCGUCGGUAAGAUUUACAGACCCUGGAACAAUCCGAAGGACUUGGACGUCCAGAAAUCGGAUGUGAGGGAUAUAAAAAUCCCGAUAAGAUUCCAAGGGAGGACGGCGAACUUUCAAGAGGACAUAGCGAUCGUGAUACUGGCGACAAGGAUCGAGUACCGCACCUACGUCAGGCCGGCCUGUCUGGACUUCGACAUCAGCUUUGAGAGGCAGCAACUACAAGACGGGAAACCGGGCAAGGUGGCCGGUUGGGGUUUGACUUCGGAAAACGGCAACGCCUCGCAAAUACUGAAAGUCGUUGAUUUGCCAUACAUCGACAUAGAUAGGUGCAUCGGCAUGGCGCCUCCCGGGUUCAGGGAGUACAUUAAUGGCGACAAGAUCUGCGCUGGCGACGGAGAAGGCAAAGCUUUAUGCAAAGGGGACAGCGGCGGGGGCCUAGCUUUUUCCACUUACGACAAGGGAGUCGAAAGAUACUAUUUACGCGGAAUCGUGUCAACGGCUUCGACGAACGAGAAUCUGUGCAACACAAACACAUUCACAACAUUCACACAAGUCUCGAAACACGAACAUUUCAUCAAGCAAUAUCUGCACGUGGUUCAGACUUAGCGUGCCCGCACCAUAGACUAUAGCUUGCACCAUAGAUUAUACAGACUUGAACGCGCGUGGUUUGAAAAGAAAAAGUAAGCAAGGUACAGGUAAGGAGAACCGUCUCUGUUGCGAAAAAGCUUACGUUAAAAUCUGCUAAAUAAGUGUGGCGCUACAGUAGCAACCGAGUAAAUUUAAAAAAAGGCGUUGAAAGUUUUUAGAAUAAGAUAGAGAAAUAAAAAAGGACGAAAAAACUGUAAGCACUACAAAAUCACAAAAAGCUUUUUAUUUAAAGCCGAUAAGAAAAUGCAAUCGAUGUCUCCACGAUUUUACCACAACAAUAAUUCUAGGUUGUAUUGACGAAAUUAGUUUGGACUACGUAAACAUGUGAGGUCUUGUAUAUUACACUGUCACUAACUACUCUAGUCAUUAAAUAUAUUAAAUUUCCGAACUCAGCAUACUUCAAUCAGUUAACAACUGCUCAAUUCAUAUCAUUUGCCUAUGGUAGCGCCAUUUUGGAAAAUUUUUGAACUGUUAUUAAUGUUGAAAGUGGGAUACUUUUUCAAGUUUCUCCCAUAUGAGACGGUUCUCCUUACCUCUACCCUCCAUAAGAAAAAGGUUUGUUACUUUUUUCGAGAACAUCGCGCGCCCUGAGUCUAGCAAGAUUUGCCAUUAUCAAAGCCGGUCCUAACAGUGUACGUAAUUAAACUAAAUUGUGCACAGGUAACCCCUCCUAUAACACGGUAGAUAUGUUCCUACCGUGUAAUGCGAAACCGCGUUAUAUGAGACCAGAAGCCAGUAGAAAAAUGACAAAUAAUUUUUAUGAAUGAAACAUCUCAACUAUGCUCGUGUGUAUUUUGAUUACCUAUUAAACAUAGGACAGAAGCAGUAAAAUUUCGGUUAUUCCCAUAUAUUGUGUGUUCGUAGUGCAUAGUGUAAUUUUCCAAAUAAUUUUAAACAAAAAUCUCGUAUACGUGUUCUAGAAAUACCGCGUUAUAAGAGAGCAUUAGGGAAUUUUCUGUACGUGUUAAAGUGGAACCGUGUUGUAAAAUAUCGUUUUAUAGAAGGUUUACCUGUAUUUGUAAUAGAGAAUGAUAGUCUUCAAAAACAUUCUAACUUAAGAAGUUGAAUCAAUAGUUGAUUAAUAAAAGUAUAUACACAUAUAUAUUUACGUUAUAAUAAAAUAGAAAAAGCUUCAUCAUUGGACACUUGAAAAUGUAAGUUAAUAAAAAAUAUACUAGAUGGC